AUGGAAACCCGGUUAACCGACAUCAAAAGUGUGCAGCUCGACCCGUCACCGUUCGUGUUUGUCGAUCGGAUAUCAAUUCUACCAAUUUUAUUCAACUUUGCAGACAGAAUACAAGAGCUGGUAAGAUCUCUACCUUGGCCAAUUCUUCAACCACACUCCAAAGAGAAAGCUUUAUCACAAUGUAAUUGCUCUUCAAAAUCUGGUGAUCAAAUCAUCAUCACUACUCAACAAAAUUGCAGCUCAAUGAGCAGAGAAGAAGUGAGAUUUGUGAUGGAAAAAUUAGAGCUUUUCUGGAGGGAAGAAAGGGAUGGUGGUGGUGGUGAUAAAGGAAUAGGGGAAAGCGAUGAAAUGAUAAGAGGUAUGUUUGAAGAGAAUGAACCAAGCUUGGAAGAAUUGAAGCAAACAUUUAAUGUGUUUGAUAGAAACAGAGAUGGUUUCAUUGAUGAACAUGAAUUGUUCAUAGUUCUGAGCCUGCUUGAAUCUAAUAAAGGCAUUUUCAUCCAUGAUUGCAAAACAAUGAUUGCCAGAUUCGAUCUCAAUAAUGAUGGUAAAAUUGAUUUCCAUGAGUUUGUUAAGUUUAUGGAAGUUGCUUUGUCUUAG